CCUCUCUAGCCUCUCUCUCGCUCUCUCGGUCUCUCAGCUCUUCUACUCUUAAUUCUAUAACUCUCGAUCGAUCGCUCCUCCCUUCUCCACCCACACGCCAACCACACCACACUAUACCACAUCAACCUCGGCACCGUAAACCCGACUUACUCGUACCCCACCACCCACUCGAACUCAAACUGGUGAUCUCGAUAUACCUACCGGGAAACUACAAAUACAAAACAAAAUCAUAAUAACAUGUCGACAUGCCUCCUCGCUCGCCCGAUACGCAUUCUGAACCUACUCGACCUCCGGAUCGCUACGGAGUCCCCGCUCAGAUCAGUGAGAACCAGGCCGAGCAGACCACACCCGGGUCGAUAUGUUCGAGAUCAAACCCAGAGGAAGAGGACGUUGUGGAAUCUCAGCUGGUUCACGGGCGGGAGUUCGAGUUCGAGAUCGAGUUCGAGUACGAAUGCGAGUUCGAGUUCGAGUACGAGUUCGAGUGCAAAGAAGGACGAUGGAACGGGUGGCGGUGAUAGUGGGAGUGGGAGUGGUGGGAGAGAUGGAGCUGUGAUUACACCAGUGACCACACCGACGACCACAUCAACAUCAACAUCGACACCUUUCACCUCGACCUCCUUACCUGACUCCCCUAAUUCCGCCUCCUCUCCCAUCACCACCGCCUCCUACGCUCCCACCACCUCUACCCCCGUCUCCUCCUCCUCCUCCUCCAACCCCCCUAAUCCCGCCUCCACCCCCAACACCCCCAACACCCCCAAAUCCCCCAAACCCUCCGCCACCUCCUCCUACUCCGACCUCGAAACCAAAGAAAAACUCGCCAUCCAAGCCCUGCUAGACCGGGACGGUGGGUCCCUAGGGUUCGCGUUCGAAGACGGUGCGCCGGAGGGGGGGGCGAGGAAGGGGGUGAAGCGGGAGAUGUUUCGGGUCAUCUAGCUCUAGGCUUGUAGGGCGUGUAGGGCGUGUAGGAUGGAUUUAGGUUUAGAGCUGGGGUGUUUACGUCUAGAGCUGGGGCGUUUACGUCUAGGUUGAGCUGUCAUCCGCAAAGGAAAGGGAGACGCAAGGCACGAGGGUGAUGGGGAACCAUCCGUAAACUUCGGACGUUUUGGG